GAAUAAAUAUUGAUAAAUGUUCUUUAAAUGAAACUGCUAUUUCAGCUUCAGUUAGAGAAUGGUUACCUAUCAAUGAUCCAAAUAAUGCCAAAUAUUCAAAUAUUGCAGAAUUUUUAGACAUUUUGUAUCAGACUUUUUCAAAAAUAUUUG